AUGGCAAUGGCAAAUAACAAAACAUUAUGUUUUACAUGCAAUAAAGAAAAAAUAACAUAUCUUUGUGAUGGAUGUUCAAAAAAGUUUUGUUUAAUUCAUUUAACAGAACAUCAAGAAAAAUUAAAUGAAGAAUUAAAAUGUCUUAUUAAUGAUUGUGAUGAAUUUAAAGACAGAUUGAAUAAACCAAAACAAAAUCGACAAUAUCUACAGAAUCAGAUAUUAAUAAAACAAAUUAAUGAAUGGGAAAAAAAUUCAAUUGAAAAAAUUAAAGAAAAAGCCGAAGAUUGUAGAAAAAUUGUUAAUGAAUCUUCAGAAAUAUUUUUAAUUAAUAUUGAAAUGAAACUUAUUGAUUUAACGGAACAAAUAAAACAAAUUCAAAAAGAAAAUGAAUUUAAUGAAAUUAAUUUAAAUUAUUUGAAAGAUCAAUUAAUAGAAAUUAAACAAAAAUUAAAUAGUUCAUCAAAUAUUUCUGUUCAGGAAGAGUCACAAUCAUUUAUUAAUGAUAUUUUAAUUAUUUCAUCAGAAAAACCAAAAUUAAAUAAAUGGAGACAAAAUGCCGUUACUGUGGCUGGUGGAAUUGGACUAGGACAAAAAUUAAAUCAGCUUAAUUUCCCUGCUGGAAUCUUUAUUGAUAAAAACAAA